AAAAAAAAAAAGUUGCCUGAUGAGCUAUUUGUAUAUAGUGUAGUUGAAAUAAUAUUGUUUUGUUUUGUUAAUAAAAUCUGUUAAUAACUACCUUUAUAUUUGUUUUGUUUACUUUUCGGUUCUUCAAAAUUUUAAUUCAUCGUUUUUGAAAAGUGUAAUUGUGACACAAAUCAAAAUUGGGAAACAAUAAUAAGACAAAAUGGGCGAACGAAAAGGUCAAAACCUCUACUACCCGCCCGACUACGACCCAAAAGUCGGUGGGUUGAACAAAUUCCUCGGCACUCAUGCGUUACGGGAGCGCGCUCGGAAGCUGCACAUGGGGAUACUAAUCAUCCGCUUUGAGAUGCCAUAUAAUAUAUGGUGUGAUGGCUGCAACAACCACAUAGGCAUGGGUGUGAGGUACAACGCGGAGAAAAAGAAGGUUGGCAUGUACUACAGUACUCCGGUGUACCAGUUCAGGAUGAAGUGCCACCUCUGUGAUAACCAUUUCGAAAUCAAAACGGAUCCUGGCAAUUUAGACUAUGUCAUAGUAUCAGGAGCAAGACGUCAAGAGAAUAGAUGGGACCCCACCGAAAAUGGGCAGGUAGUACCAGAAACAAAGGAAACCCAAAAACGACUAUUUGAUGAUCCAAUGUUCCGACUGGAGCACAAGACUGGGGACGAAGUUGGUGCUAAACAGGAUAAACCCAGGCUCGGAAAGCUAGUUGGAAGGAAUGAAACAGUAUGGAAAGAUGAUUAUGAAGCUAAUUGCUCUUUGAGGAGGAACUUUAGGAAAAGAAGGAAAGAACUUGAAGAAACAUCAGUAAAUGACAGUUUACUGUUAGCUAAAUCCUCAUUGGACAUUAGCCUUUUACCGGAAACAGAAAACGAUAGAAAUAUGGCCACACUAUUGUCUCUUCAACCUUCACGGAGUAUAGACGAGAAACAGAGCUUAACUAGACUACGAAUCCUAAAUAGCCCAGCAUUACCCAGUUCAGGUGGACUAAUUCCUGCUAUUGGUAGACUGAAGAAGGAAAAACUGUUAAGUAAAAAUACUCCAUUGACAAUAAAUUCUUUAGGUAUUACUUUUAAAAACAAUAAAGUUGAAAAAGAGGAAAUACACACAGAAAAUAAUCCAAAAAUUCAGGUCAAUGAUGAGAAACAUAUGGAAGAAACAGUAAAAGAUAAAGAAGUAAAUCAAACUACACCUAAUACCAGUGUUAUCAGGGAUGAUAAAGACACAGUGCCCAGCAAACCCAAUAGUUUAACAUUAUUAGCCGAUUACAGUUCUAGUGGAGAGGAUUCAGGGUGACUUAACAAAAUUUUGUUAGAACUCAUUAAACAUAAUAUUAUAACAAAGCCU